AUGUCGCACUCUAGUAAUUUUCAUUUGGUCUCCACAGCCAUUUAUGGAUUGAUAUCUCAAGCUAAGUCUUCUCUGUUUGCAGGAAAGUUUUUCCCUUAUGUUGAUAUGUUCAAGUGGCUGUCUUAUGGCAAUGAUGGAAAGCAUCCAGGUUGUGAUCACUCAUACUUUGGCCGAAGGGAGUUCUCUUUCACAUUGGAUAAUGACAUUUACCUGCGAUUUCAAUCAUUUAAUACUGCAUCUGAGCUGGAAAAUGCUAUCAAAGAGAAGUGUCCUUUCAAAAUAGACAUUGGACCUGUCUACAGUGUAGAUCCUGCAAAAAGGCAUGCCUAUUCACAAGUUGGUGACAAUAUUUUCACGCCUGUUGAAAGAGAGCUGGUUUUUGAUAUUGAAAUAUCAGAUUAUGAUGAUGUCAGAUAUUGCUGUUCAGGAGCUGAUGUUUGUUUAGAGUGCUGGCCGCUGAUGACAAUUGCCAUCAAGGUCAUUGAUACUUCUCUCAGAGAUGACUUUGGGUUCAACCACAUCCUGUGGGUAUACAGUGGUAGGCGUGGUGUCCACUGUUGGGUUUGCGACGGAAAAGCGAGAAGGUUGACCAAUGAACAGAGGGCCGCAAUUGUUGAAUAUUUUCGUGUCUACAAGGGCAAUGAGACUAGCAGUGAAAAAGUUUCUCUAGUCGGUCCCGCUCUUCAUCCGUUCCUCGUGAGAUCUUAUACUGAAGUCUUGAAAGAUUACUUUGAGAACAGACUGCUAUCAAGUCAAAAAUUGUUCUUGAAUGAGGAGAGGUUUGAGAAGAUUCUGGAAAUGAUGCCUGAUGAGUCUGUUACGUCUGAGCUCCGGAGAAAGUGGUUGUCUAACAAGCGCUCAAAAGAAGAAAUUAAUGUUGCUCGCUGGGAUCAACUAAAACAUCUAUUGCAAUCUGGUAAACAGAAGGCCCAAGGUGUGCGUAGAUGCAUCGAAGAAAUUGUGUUUUCUUUUACCUAUCCAAGACUUGAUAUGGAGGUCUCAAAGCACAUGAAUCACUUAUUAAAGGCUCCUUUCUGUGUGCACCCCAAAACAGGCCGUGUUUGUGUUCCUAUAAAUCCCAAGAACUGUGAGGAAUUUGAUCCUUCUGCUGUUCCAACCCUUUCCCAGCUUCUUGGGGAACUCAAUACUGGAGGUUUUAGAGGAGAAGGGGAUAAUGAAUGGGAUGGAACCUCUCUUGGAGACAGUGUUAGAUAUUUUAGGGAAUCCUUCUUGCAACCUCUGCUAAAGUCUUGCAAGGAGGAGAUAGAGACUUCUUAUAACGCAAAAGUUCAGCAGUCAAGGAACUCAAUUAGCUGGUGAGUGUUGAAGCAACAGGGCUGGACCACAGUGACUUGGCAGUGAGCUCUGCGGUUCACAUGUGGCCUUCCCAAAUCUCAAAUAGUCAACUAGCUUUGUGCAUCACAUAUUCACAUGCUACACGGUAUGGCAAUCUAGGAUAUGUGGCACUGUUCCUUUUCACACUUAUUUUCCUCAAGAUUUUCUUUCUGCUGUUUCUCAACUUGAUUUGAGAAUCCAAAUGAAAACCAAAUCAUCAUACUUCUUUAAAAUUUUGGUGUACAUAACUUGCGUUCACCUAGAAUUUUUCAUCAGUAACAUUCGAUGGCUCUACUCAUCAAAAGCUUGAGCAGAUGAGACGAAAUCAUCUAAUUUUAUUA